CGGGGUAAAGAGGAAGGUGCGAGCAUACGGGCUUGGGCUCGAAGUAUGAAUAAAUUUGGCAAGAAAAUGCCAAAAGUUGUUUAAUAGUUUUUAUUUUACUGUCUAAAAUUUUCAAAAGGAUCGGUCUACUGGGCGAAUUUCUACAGCGUUUUUUUCCGUGAUGCAAUUUGAUGUGACACACCCUUUACAAUAUUACAGUUUUUAGCGAAACCCAUAUAAAAUGACUUCGACAUGUGUUUCUGUUGUCAGUUCGUCGUCAAAUAAAAAAAAUGCUAGAUCAUUUAAAAGUUGUCUUUGAACUAAGAUUGGUCUUCAUUCAAAAAUUUAUGCGCAAAUUGGGCCCCGCAGAAAACUAAGUAACAUCGCUUUAGGCGACGAAAGAAAUAUUAAAUCUCAAAAAAUCAAUUGUAUUUGAUCUCUUUCAUUCAAACUUGUUCACAGAGGAGCUAUUGUUAGAGUUUUAAUUUUUGAAUAUGCGCAUUUUGCAGUGUUAGCAAGGCUUAUAGUCAUGAGACAUAGUAACAUUUUGUCAUUGGUUAAAAAGUUAUUAUGUUAGGAAAAAUGUAAGCAAUUAAAUUGCAGCUUUCUACAUAUCCCCAUCCAACAAUGUCCUGCAAACUACUCAGACACAGGCAUCAAAAUAAAUACAUUUUCCCGCCAAAUGCGAGCAGUUGCAUUUUAAUAUGUACAUUAUUCGAUGGGUGAUGACUGUCAACACAUUAGCAAAUCUAUGCUAGUCUCAUUUUUUCUGUUGAAGAUUUUUCACCACUUUCAUAUUGCAAAAUUCAACCUUUUCAGACAUAUUUGGUCUAGGCAGUCUACACUAUUUUAGGGAAAUUAAAUAUGCGAAAAUGCUCAAUUAGCGAACAUCUUCACAUCCACAAAGUUCAAUUGAGAGAGUGAAACCAAUCCCCUAGACGAGUUGACUGAGAACUGCAUUAUUUUCAAGUAUUGAAAUCCUGACAAAUAUAAGAUCGAAUGUUGUGAAACAAUAGCGCAACAAGUUCACACGAUUAUUGUUUCAUGUUUAUUUUAUUGUGGCUCCAAGAUGUCGGUUUCUGCGUAUGGGAAUCGCUGAUAAAUCUUCGUACUAGAUUCGUUCAUUAAUAUAUCAUAAUUUGUAACUUCGAAUUAUGGGUGGCCUCAUUUUGGUCCAAAUUUGCGUGGAUAGGAAUUUUAAUCAAUCCUGAUCAUUCAGCAAUAAAGUAUAGUUUCUCUUCCGCUCCACAUGAGCGUGUGGCUCGCGAACAUCCUAGCAAAUGUAAAAUGAUAUGAUAUUGAAAUGAUGAAGACACACAUCAUCAUACUCAGGAUCAGCUGAUUGCUGAAAACGUUUUCUACAAUUGAACGGCCGCAGGAAAAAAAUAAUAAUGCAACCCAAAUGUAUUUCGUUAUGACUACUCAAAAAAGUGGCUAUAAUCUUUUGUCGUCAUCAGUAUGUUACGACGGAGGUGAAGCCAGAAUACCAAAUUAACGAAACGUUUUGACUACGUAUGAUUGAAUCAAUGGAAUUAGCAUGCUAAAAGAGAACACAAAUACCUGACGUGAGCCUCCAAUUAGGUAGAGUAGGUGGGCCACACAGAUUCAUGUAAUUUCUUCACUAAUGCAUCCGAGCAUCAAAGUAGAAUUUUCAUAAUUUGAAAUAAUACUAUUAUAAAUGUAAGAAAUAAAACUUUUGUCUACAGCUACAUACUGGGCAGAUGCGAGAAAUCAGUUUUGUGGGAAAUAUAUUACACUUGAACUCUUGGUUAAAUUUGGAUCACGAUGAGCGAACACUAUAGACACGAUGAUUCUGCAUUUGCCAGAUGCAAGUGAAUCUAAUGCAAGCAUAAACAAAACACCAUCAGCGAGAGAGAUUUCAAGCACAGUCGGUAGCAUACCUUUCACGCUGAGCCUCGAUCUCGAAUGUCACAAAGAGAACACCAUAUAAAUUCCUCAUAAAUCGUGCGUGUCCUGAAAACAACCACCGUGUGAAUGCAUCUUCUUAUGUGCUUUGUACCUGCCACAACGCAGCAGGAGACUGACCGCACUGCAGCAGUUCCAACAACAGCAGCAACAACAACUGCUCAUCAUUUACCAGAAAAACUCGGUGCAACAGCAAUUGCUCAUCACUGUCAGCCGCACUCCGAAAAGCAUCGCCAUGAAGAUGAUUGGCUACGACGAGUUGAUUCUGAAUGUACAACGCCUAAAGGAGUAUAGCCGCCGGAUCUCCCGAUCAACAAAAGUGCACGCAUUGAAUCGGUGCGAUUCAAUGGGAUCUCUGAGUCACCGCACUCUGCUUCAAUAUCUGGAUUCAGAUGAUCUACCUGGUCUGAAGUCACUCCUUGGAACCCGUCAGCUGCAGGUCGACGAUCGUGAUGAAAAUGGAACCACCGUGCUGAUGAUCGCAUGUGGUCGUGGAGCGGCAAAUUUCGUCAAGGAACUGAUUGCCCGUGGUGCAGACGUGCAGGCGCAAGAUUUAGACAACUGGAGUGCACUUUUAUUCGCUGCUAAGGCUGGACAUGUGGAGAUCGUUGAAAUCCUUCUCGACAAUGGCGCCGACAUCGAGCAUCGUGAUAUGGGCGGCUGGACCGCCCUUAUGUGGGGCUCGUAUAAGGGUCAUACGGCAGUUGUUUCGUUGCUACUGCAACGAGGGGCCGACGUACAAGCUCAUGGCAAUUACCACCUGAAUCCACUGCUCUGGGCUUCUGGGCGCGGUCAUACAGAGAUUGUCAAGCUGCUGGUAAAUACCGGAGGAGCGAAGCCAAACGUUGGAGAUAAAUACGGGACAACACCUUUGGUUUGGGCUUGUCGAAAAGGCAAUGCGGAUAUAGUGGAUGUCUUGCUGAAGGCAGGUGCCAACGUAGAUACAGCAGGCAUGUACUCUUGGACCCCGUUGUUGGUUUCCGUGAGCGGUGGUCAUCAGGAAUGUGUAUCGCUUCUGUUGGAACGUAAACCCAAUGUGAACGCAUUGGAUAAGGAUGGUAUGACCGCUCUUUCGAUAGCUUGCCGUGAGGGACUGACGGAGGUUGCAUCGGCUCUAAUAUCUGCCGGUGCUUACCUUAAUGUUCAAGAUCGCGCAGGAGAUACUCCGCUGAUUAAUGGUGUAAAAGGUGGUUAUCGUAGUGUAGUGGAGAUUCUUCUGAAGCGUCACGUUGACGUAGAUAUACAGGGAAAAGAUAGAAAAACCGCAUUAUACACUGCGGUUGAGAAAGGUCACACAUCGCUUGUUAAACUUAUUCUACAAUCUAAUCCGGAUUUGGAGCUGUCAACCAAGGAUGGCGACACACCGCUUUUACGAGCAGUACGUAACAGAAACCUGGAAAUCGUGCAAAUGUUGUUAGAACGGAAAUCCAAGGUUGGCGCUGCCGACAAACGAGGGGAUACCUCUUUGCAUGUAGCAAUGAGAGCUCGCUCGAAAGCGAUAGUUGAAGCACUACUUAGCAAUCCCAAAUAUAGCCAAUUAUUGUACCGUUCAAACAAAGCCGGCGAAACGCCAUACGGAAUAGACGCGAUGCAUCAGAAAACAAUUCUUGGUCAAGUGUUCGGUGCUAGACGGUUGAAUGCAAAUGAAGACUCAGAAGGAAUGCUCGGAUAUGGACUUUACUCAUCAGCGUUGGCCGAUGUACUCAGUGAGCCCACGUUAACAACGCCGAUUACUGUUGGACUCUACGCGAAAUGGGGCAGCGGGAAAAGCUUUCUCCUUGCAAAGUUACGAGAGGAAAUGAAAAGCUUCGCCCAGCAGUGGUCGGAGCCACCCAUUAGAGCUCCGUCUUUGUUUUUCUUAGUGUGUCUCCAUCUAGCACUGCUAAUCGGUACAAUAGUUGGCCUCGCCACAUGGUGCUAUGAAUGUGGGAUCAUCACUGGAAUUUCACUAUUGGUUCUCGUUUACUUCGUUAACUAUCUAUUCAAAUUUCUAGACAGACGGUAUGAUCUGGAGUGGCUUUAUUCAUUGAAUUAUGGUGUUUCGAAAAAGCUUGGGAGGCUUCGGUUGAUCCUGCAAGUGGCUUUUUGUCAUCCACCUGGCCCGCAGAAUGAUUCCCAACCUAUGCCGGUGCGGUUUCAUUUUGCAGAGGCAAGUAGUGCGGCACCGAAUGGAGAUACAGCUGUAGCAUUUAUGUUAGCCUCCAUAUUCGACGCGAUCGAGGCUUAUUAUGGAUCGUUGGCGACUGGACUUUAUCGUGCAUUUAGACCCAAACCUUUAAAAUCAACCGGAGAAUGGAGAUGGCGUCGUAUGUGUUGUGUUCCUGUGGUGCUACUGUUUGAAUUGGGCAUUUUGGGGCUAAUCGCCACAGCUUCCCUAUCGAUUAUCUAUACUGAAUACAACGUGGAGGGACGAGAGGCAAUUGCGGUGGCCAUUUACGUACUUCUAGGCUUCUUGCUAGCUGGUACAAUUGCCAACCUACAUGCGUGGUCCAAGCUGAUAGGUGCGCUGUUCAUGUCCCAGGGUAAACAUCUCAAGCAGGCAUUCAAUGCUAACGAGGCGGCUCCAUUAACGGCUCUCGGUGCAGAAGUGAGCCUUAUGACCGACAUGAUUCGUUGUUUGGACGCUUUCACCAACCAACAAAGUCGACUAGUUGGAGUGGUCGAUGCACUCGAUUCCUGUGACACGGAGAGAACGCUCACCAUUUUGAAUGCCAUCCAAACGCUACUUUCUGCUCCGCAGCGUCCAUUUGUGUUAUUAUUGGCGGUGGAUCCUCACGUGGUUGCCAAAGCAGCUGAGGCAAACAGCAAACGGUUGUUCACUGAAGGAGGAAUCGGAGGGCAUGAUUUCCUGAGAAACCUUGUGCAUCUACCGGUAUAUUUGCAGAACUCUGGGCUCAGGAAGGUGCAACGCGCCCAAAGCACCGCAAUGGCCACAUAUCGUCGCAUCAUUCCGGAUUCUAGCAGGGAUGAUGAACCACAUUUAGGUCACUCAGUUUCCGCGCGUCGAUUAUCGAAUGCUUCGGAGAUUAUGUCCAGCCAAGAAAAACUCAGGGCUAUGCCGGGUACAUCACGAGUUGGCAGUAAAAAGCUACGAGUAUCGGAUUCUAUUUCUAGUUCUAUCGGUUCCAAUCUGCACAAACUGGGUCAAAAUCCACCGGUGGAUAUGUCGAAGAUUAUACUGACGGACGAUUACUUCAGUGAUGUCAAUCCCAGGAGCAUGAGAAGAUUGAUGAAUGUUAUUUACAUUACAGUGCGAUUAUUGAAGGCUUUUCAGAUCGAUUUCAGCUGGUAUCGCCUUAGUUCGUGGAUAAACCUCACAGAACAGUGGCCACUCAGGGCAAGCAUGAUCGUUUUAGAACAUGAUCAAGCCGGCGAUAGUUUUGAUGAUGCGAUGUCCCUACAAACUGUUUAUGAUAAAGUGAGACCAAAGAUCGCAUGUUUGCGAGAAGCCGCCAAUUUGCUGGAUCUUGACAGAGACGAGCGAAAACUAGAUGCCUUCCUACAAUUACACAAGUCCGAUUUAUUAGUGUCGGAUUUACGUAUAUUCUUGCCUUUUACUAUUAAUCUCGAUCCUUAUCUCAGAAAAGUACUUAAAGAAGACCAGCAAGCGUUGGAGGACGAAGGCAUAAUAAUACCUGUUAAAAGCUCCAUCCCUGCCUUGAAACCGCAUAGCUUUGCCGCUACCCGUCACGCGCAUCCGAACAUGAUCCAUCCAACCCUGCACCAUCCAAACAGUCUUCCACCAAGUUGGGCCGGGUUCUAUAAUGCACCACCUGCAAUGGCUAUGAUGAAUUACUAUAAUCAAAACAUCGCCAGCCUUAUUCAGCCUGAAAAUAGCGGCCACAAAAAACCAAAUUCAACAACCGUGUUGAUUGAAAACGUGAACGAUAACUAUGCUGGUGCUCCAUCGUUGACGGGAAACACUAGGGUUCCCUCGAAAAAUCUUGGCUCACCUGGUACGCCACCGAUCGAUCUCGACAUAUCCAAUACGCAACUUGCCAAGCUAACAGUAGAAGAUCUUAUCGACCUACUCGGCCGAGUGAAUGAUCUAAAGCCAGCACUCGAGAGAACGGCUCCUAUCUUACGUGAGAAUGCUAUUUCUGGCAGGGUGUUGUCCUACUGUGACCUAGAUGAGCUUAAAACAGUACUUAAACUGAACUUUGGACACUGGGAGAUUUUUAAGAUGCUCAUCACUUCCUUGAGGGAGAACAAUAUUUCCAGAAACCAAAAAAAGAGUACCACUUACGCGAAGGGCUCCGGUGAUAGCUCGGAAGUGACAGACAGCAUGACAUCGUCAACUCAAACAUCGGCAACGCCAUCCGUUUUCCAGCCGAUUCGGCAGAAGUCACAAAACGUUAUGGAAAAACAGCCCGCCAAGAUCCACGAUUAUGAAUAUCUACAGGUCACCCUCGAGGAACAGAUGAUCUGCGGUGCGCUACAAACGUUGAACGAGGACGCCUUCGAGGAUGUGGUAGGCAGCGAACGCCCUAGCCCCAGUGGUGAGAUGUUUUCCCAAUACCUAGCACCGAUCCGUGAGAGCUCGGAGAUUGGUUCACCGCCCAGGCUUAACUAUAACUUCACUAAUCCUAACCUACUUGAUCACGCAUCAACCACCAGUGGCGAACAUUCAUUUCAGCAUCGCUCCCAGCUAAGAUCACACAGCUUGCACGACGAGCCUCUUUCGAGUGUUGUUAUCAUGCCGCACUAUCAGUCGAACUUCGAUGAUACCAAACUGUAGUUCUAAUGAUUACGUGCGAUUUUCUUUCUUAGUAUUAUUAUCAUUAUCAUUUGAAAACACUGACGAUAAAAGUGCGAAUAUUUGAAAAGAAAGAUAAAUGUUGAACGACGUGUUAAGUAGUUUAACUAUUGUUAGUAGCAAUUCAAUGUUCAUAUAAACUUGUCAUUGUGUGGCAUACUAUUUUUUUAUUUACACGUACGUUGGGGAUCUUCGAAAACGUCGGAAAUCACAAAAAAAAAACCAUUUGCUUGAGUGCGAUAAACACUGAUGUAAUAAUUCGUUUACUUGUUUUUGUGCGUAAAACGAAACUUUUUUUCCAGCAGGUAUGAUUAAGGCGAGAUGAUUUUUUGAUUUCGAAGUUUCUGAAUCAAUUGCAAGAAUAAUAAUAUGGUGUACAUCCAAAACAUAGAAUUACAUAGAAACGUUGUAACCGAGA